AUGCCAAACCAGCAGAAGAAAAUCAUCUUUUGCAUGGCUGGUGUGUUGAGCUUCCUCUGUGCUCUCGGAGUUGUAACAGCAGUGGGGACACCACUGUGGAUUAAAGCCACUAUCCUCUGCAAAACGGGGGCUCUGCUUGUCAAUGCCUCAGGGGAGGAGCUGAACAAGUUCAUGGGCGAGAUGCAGUAUGGGCUUUUCCAUGGAGAAGGCAUAAGGCAAUGUGGGUUAGGAGCAAGGCCUUUCCGGUUCUCAUUCUUCCCAGAUUUGCUGCAAGCCAUCCCUGUGAGCAUCCAUGUCAAUAUCAUUCUCUUCUCCAUGAUUCUUGUCGUCUUAACCAUGGUGGGGACAGCCUUCUUCAUGUACAAUGCUUUUGGCAAGCCCUUUGAAACUCUGCAUGGCCCACUGGGGCUGUAUCUUGUGAGCUUCAUUUCAGGCUCCUGUGGCUGUCUUGUCAUGAUAUUGUUUGCCUCGGAAGUGAAAAUCCACCACCUCUCAGAAAACAUUGCAAAUUUUAAAGAAGGGACCUACGCCUACAAAACACAAAACGAAAACUACACCACCUCUUUCUGGGUUGUUUUCAUCUGCUUUUUUGUUCACUUUUUGAAUGGGCUCCUGAUCCGACUUGCUGGGUUCCAGUUCCCUUUCGCAAAAUCUAAAGAUACAGAGACUACUAAUGUGGCCGCAGACUUGAUGUACUGA